CGUCCCCGAGCGAGAUGCCUGGGGUUUUAGCGAGUCCCCGUUUUGACACCGAGUAUUUUGGUAUCCCCCCGGACGAGAACACACCGUAAAAAUCCCCGUGUCACCUCCGAAUAAGACACCGGGGACAGGAGCGAGAGACGAGGGCUUCCACGGCCAGCUGCGAGCCCCGCGGAGCCCCAAACCCCGGGAGCCCGAAAUGCCCGAAACCCGCGCGGAGCCGCUAGAAUCUCGACGUUAGUUUAGCAUUUAGCCACUUAGCUUUAGCCCCGCAGGAGAGUUCACUCGUGUCACCUGCCCCGUGUUUCCCCCCCCACGCCGAGUCAACAAUGCGGGGAUAAAACCUCCGCCGACAUCACCCGCGGACGAAGUUACAAACCAGAUCACGACACGGUAGAGACGGGACAAGGACAAGACCUCACGCCUCAAGAUCUCUGAGGACAAAACAUGAGAAAAAUAAUCUCGUAAAAUAAUCUCCCAUUUGGAUCGGACGAAAAAGCGUUAAGAGUUGGUCAGUUGCAGAGUGACAACAAAAAUAUUCAGUGAAGUCCCCCCCUCGCGUCCGUCCGUCUGUGCCCCGGUGGGAGGCUCCGCUCUGGGGGGAGGAUGAUGCCGUUGCUCCCCGCUUAGGCCCGUCGUCCCGGGGCUGAUGGAGCGAGACGCCUUCUCCCACAUCCGGCUGUGGUGCCCCCGACCCUUCGGCACCUACACCCAGAACAAGCCCCGACCCGCGGGCACCGUGAGCGCGACAGGGCCCGCUCCGGCGCCACCUGUCUGUUCACGUCUGGCUGACGCUGCAGGGGGAGAUGGCUGUAUGCUCCCAGAGGACAGUGUCUCUGAGGGGGACGUGGACGUGGAGAACACCCCCCCGGAGCCGGAGGUGUCCCCGGCCCCGGCGCCUCAGAGCCAGACCCCGGCUCCCUCCGUCUCCGCCCCGACCGGAGCCUCGACGUCUGCGGCUCAGGUGGAGGAGGGCAGGGUGCUGCUGGACACGUGGUACGUCAUCAAACCUGGAAACACCAAGGAGAAGAUCGCCUUCUUUGUGGCUCAUCAGAUCAGUGGAGCUGGACAGGCUCGACCCAGCGCCAUGAAGGUGAAGGGAAACUGGGCGACCGACUGCAGCAAAGCCAAACGCCGCCGCCGCUGCUCCUCCUACGACCCGCCCACUCGCUCGGCCCCGCCCACUCCGGCGCCGUCUGCUGAGCGGAGCCUCGAGGACUCAACGACUCUGAGCGAGACCGGCCAGACCGGACCUGGACUCCACGAGACCGGACUCCACGAGACCGGACUCCACGAGACCGACCUGCUGUCUGUGGCGGAGAUGGUGGCCUUGGUGGAGCAGCGCACCGCUUUGGCCCUGCAAGGCAUCGUGGGACUGCACGGGUCCCUCCCCCAUCACCACCUCGACCAAUCACACGCCUCCAAUCACCAGCUUCUCCGAGGGACAGUUUCAGACCCGACUCCUGUAGUUUUCGUCCCUAAUCCCUCCAAAACCCCGCCCGACUCCUCGUCUCCGAUCCAGACGGACCAGGAGCUGGAGGAGCAGCAGGAGUCGUGCAGAGUGGCUGAAGCCAUCGCGCAUUUCGAGUCUCAAAACCUGGAAAACCGUUUAAAUUUAGGACAUGGAAUCGAUUCUCAAAAAGACAAAGACGACGGCGUUAAAGGUGCUGGCUCGGGCUCUGCUCCUCCGCAGCCGUCGCACAGUCACGGAGAAGUUAGAAUCGCGUUUAGAGUCUCAAAUAUCGACUCUCGAUCGCAGUUAGAGCCAGCCGGACGGUCGCGGUGCAUGUUCAUGACGUGCGGAGGCGGCUCUGGCCAGUCCAACGCUCGCUCCAAAGAAAAGAUAACGUGUGACCUGUACCAGCUGGUGAGCCCUUCGUCGCGUGACCCCAGUAGCCUGCUGUUAGCCGCUACGACCGCUGCGCCCAAACAAGACGGCGACGCGAGCACGGACUCAAACUCCGCAAACGGCUCGGAUUCCAAGCAGGAACACGGCGCCGCGGAGAAGAAGAGCAGAGAGAGAGUGACGGGCUUUCACGUGGAGGUGGUGGUGACCGGAGCCGUGGACCAGUGCGUGUUCUACGGCAAAGACAGCACCGAGAACGUCCAGGAGGAGACGGUGUGUUUCGCCGUGCAGUCCUCCGCGUCGGCGCCGGGGGGCGAGCAGACGGACGACCCGCCUCCCGGACAGCUGUUCUUCCUCCAGCGCGGCCCGGACGAGGACCUCAAAACCGCCAACGCCUGCAACAGCGGCGCGGGGAAAGCCGUCGAGUGCGUGAACAACAACAACAACAGCGGUUCUAUCGGGAACGCCGAGAACGCCAGACCGGAAUCGCCGAUAGUCACGGAGGAAUGCGCUGACUCGUCCCUGUGCCGUCUCUACCGCCACGUCUCCCACGACUUUUUGGAAAUCCGCUUUCAGAUCCAGCGCCUCCUCGAGCCGCGUCAGUACAUGGUCCUCCUCCCGGAUCACAUCAUGGUGAAUAUUCUGAGCUACCUGCCCACGCGCUCGCUCGCCGCCCUCAAAUGCACCUGUCACUAUUUCAAAGCGCUGAUCGAGACGUACGGCGUGCGCGCUGUCGACUCGCGCUGGAACCAGGACCCUCUGUACCGGGACGACCCGUGUAAGCAGUGCAAGCGGCAGUACGAGCGCGGGGACGUGUCGCUCUGCAGGUGGCACCCCAAACCUUACCACCACGACUUGCCUUACGGGAGAUCUUACUGGAUGUGCUGCCGGCGCACGGACAAGGACACGCCGGGGUGCCGGGUGGGGCUCCACGACAACAACUGGGUGCAGCACUCGGCCGAGGGGCAGGCGAUCCGGGCGCGGCGGGACGAGCGGCGGGAGGAGGCCAGGUAGAGACGGCAGGAACAAAACAGGAAACGGAACAGAAACGCACUUCGAUAAAACAAAACGACAACGCUUUUACUAUUCAAGUCUCUGCUCCGAAUGUGCUGAGGGAGUCUGGUCUCGUUCAAACGCUCGGCGCGGCUCGGCUCGGUUUAGAACGGGUUUACACUGGAGCUAAAAAGACCCGUGAAAGUAAAAAUCUACUCUCUGAUCCAUUUUCUAACAUCGUUUCCUCAUCACAAACAGACCUGGAGUUGUGUUUUGCUUCAUUCGCACAUGUUUAACUCACAAACUGUACACAUUUACGCCGAGUUCUUCUCUCAAAGUGGAAAAAAAACACAAUACGGAAAGAGCUCCACUGUGUUUUUAAACUCCACACACCUUCGCUAGAGUCAUUUGUAUCAUUUGAGUCCUGGAAUUGCCGAUCUCUACGGAACUAAACGUAAAAAUUUUGAGUUUGACAGACAAAUGAAACAAAACAAAACUCCAGCUCUGUUUUUGAGUCCAUUUUGUGCAAUAAUUUCCAUUUUUACUCCAUUUUCUGAGUCGAACUCGCCAUUAAAAACACCCAAACCGAACCCCGACGUUUAAACAUGCCAUUAAAUUUGAUAAUCUCCAUGGAGACGAGCAGGCGACGCGUACAAGUCCAGGGUUUUUUUUUUCCACGUGUAACUGGAUAAACGAAAGAUUACACAGUGUGACUGUUAACUAAUCAGGUCUUUAUCGAGUUAGUUACAGUAAAAAAAUAAUAAAAAUAAUAAUAAUGCAUCAGUUUUAUAUAGCGCUUUCUUUUGGACGCUCAAAGACAAUGGAAGAGAAUUUGUUCCGUUUAGAUUUUGAGUUUUAAACAUAGCUGAAUUUCUCUAAAGCUCUAAAAAAAAAAAAGAUGUUUGAUUUAUUUUUAUUCUGAAUUUGAGUUGCUGAAAUUCACAAUAAAAAUGUCACCUUUUAAAUAUUCAGCACAGAUAUUUUCAAGAGUGUAAAACAGACCUUUUUCACAGUGACCUAAAGGUUUGUGGAACGUACAGUUAAUGGUUUUUCGUGUCAAAAUGUGUCUGUAAAAUGUGUGUGUAAAUGUGUGUCGUAUUCUCCAGCGGCUUCAUAAAUGGGCUCUCUGGAUUGUGGGGCGUGCAGAUUGUUUUUUUGAUGGGGUCGGAGGCUUUUGAGUUCGUCUUAUGGUGCGGAAAAUACGUUUAUCACGACCGUAACAUUCGUUUAGUUCGGGGGUGGGCAAACUGCGGCUCUUUAAACUUCUUAAUCUGGCCCGUCGACCUUGAAGAACAAUAAUAAUAAUAAUAAUAAUAAUAAUAAUAAUAAUAAUAAUAAUUUUCAGUGUUUUUCAAAGUCAUUUCAAUAAAUAGUAAACACCUUGGGAUUGAAAGACAAAUAUUUAGUUGUAGAGUUUUGUAAUGAUUUUCAAUUAUGGGAUAUUUUAAUGGGACAUGGGACAUAUUUUCUACAAAUCUCAUGUUAUUUUGUUAUGACAGGGGUGUCAAACUCAUUUUGGUCCGGGGGUCGUAUCCAACCGACUUUAAUCCCAAAGUGUCCGGAUCAGAAAACUCGUGUCAUAUAAACCCAAAAAAUAACAAUAAGUUCAAAUAUUUGUGCAGAGAAAUAAAAAUCUAUUACAGAAAUCUUUUUUUAAUUGAUGAACUCUUUCUUUUACAAAAUAUAAUAUUAUGAACAACCUGAAACUUUAAGAAAAACACAAUUUCAACACAAUGUUUUAACAUUAACUUGCAAAUAGGAAUAAGUCGAUUUUUCUUGUAAAAUCCUGCACUCGGCUCCACUUUUCUCAUGUUGGACAUUUUUCUGAUGAGGGUGUCACGGUCAACAGUCAAAACGAUCGUCCUUUAAGAGCGUUUGGAAAGAGACAAGUCUUCAUUUGUGCUGCUCUGGUGGGAGGGGCCACGUACAGAGACGCUGGAGACGCUGCUGUGAUAAACACCACAGAAAAUUAACAACAUUUUAAUAGAAAAUAUCGUUAAAAUAUUUUAGUAGAAAAUCACCCAAGGGCCACAUUAAAGGUCUUGGAGGGCCGGAUCUGGCCCCCGGGCCUUAUGUUUGACACCUGUGUCUUAUGAGGUAGACUGCCAAAAAAACUCCAUCCAUCUGCCCCUGGUUCAGCCCUUCGGUCAAAUUUUAGAACCCCGCGUGACCCUCGACUCAAAAGGUUUUGUUUUCACUCUGAAUCAUAUUUGAGAGUUUGAAAAUAUUUGUGCUGGAUAUUUAAAAAGUUAUUAUUUUUAUUUUUAUAUAUUGAAUUUUAAACACUUUAAACACUUUGACAUUCACAAUAAUUUAUAAAAAUAAUUCAAACAUGUUUUUUUUUUUUUUUCAGAGUUAAAAAAUUUAAAAUCUGAUGAAAAAAAUGAUCAGAACUGCAACACGAACUACAAUUUUUUAUGUUAAAAAAACUUCUAAACUGCGAUAUCUUGGUUUAUAAAAUCUCAAAACAACAUUUCAAACACCUGGUCUAGGAUUCGUCAUCUGUUUUAUUUUUUUUUCCUCCAAACCCGAGCCGAGCCGCGUUUCCGGAAGUUUCUGACCAGACGAAGCAGCUCCUCCGUUCACUCUGUCCUGAAGAUUCCGCGGGGGAAAGUCGCUCCGAUCCGGACUCCGCUCGUCCCGGGUGCUGUCGUCUGUGGAUUGUACCGCGAGCCUUGAUUUUUUUCGCUCAUUUACUCUGAAUGUCCCUCUCUCUUCACACCCCUAAAUGCUGCUGUUCUCAUGAUAUUAUGAUGAUGAUUAUGAUUAUUAUUAAAAUUAAAAUAGCCAUAUUCCAGUGGUUCGGUGACGCUCGGACUCUAAAGAUGGGAGAAUGUUCGGAGGAUUUUUAUCAAGAACGUCAAGUCUGCACCAAUCUGGGUACGUUUGUGAAUGGCGUUUUAGACUAUAGGUGCCUGCAGAGUUUUGUUUGGUUUUUUUUUGCCUUGGGAAAGUUUUAAAAUGUAAGAAAUUACCGAUAACGAUGGACAAAACCGAAAUUCCGUUUACCGAGAUUAGAAUUUCUGUCGAGACGAAUGGAAAAACAGUGCUUAAAGAGGGGGUAUUUUUGGCGGUUUCUCCCGUGUUUUAACGUUUCAUCGUCCAAAAAAAAGUAUCUGAAGAGUUUUUUUGCGUGUUUGAGUAAUCUAGUGAUCUCUGUGUGAGAUUUCUCCUUAAAUACAACAAUAAACAUGUAAAUUUUCCGUAAAUAAACAAAAACGUGACACAAAACCGCAGUAGUUUCGUUGGAGAGACGCACGGUGAUUGUGUUGUGAUAGCGCUCUGAAGGGGGAGCGACUUAGCAGCAAAACUGACACUCAUAAAACAUGUUAAUAUGUUAUUUUGGGCGAUUAUAGCGUUUGAAAAACAAUAAAAUUUGCUAAAAAAUGUGACGUGUUAUAAUAAAAACUCCACAGAAACACCUCAAAUACCUCCUCUUUAAACGCGACUGUUUAUUUUUUAAAAUAUAUUUAGUUUUUUAAUGUUUUUGUAAAAGUAUGAUUUGAAAUUUGAGUCUUUAUUUUAUUCUGGUAAUGGAACAAAUAAAUGUCUUUCUGCAGUUGUGAAACCAGGUCGAAACAUCAGAACAUCUUCAUGAGUUUCUUGGAAGUUUGGGCGUUUCUGUUUUAAAACUUUAAAGCGGCUGUACCUGAUUUUUUAUUUUUAUUUUUUUAUGUACUUAUAAGUCCACUGUGUUCGGUUUUACUAAUAAUUCCAAAGUAUUAUCGUCCGUAAAACCCGUCACUCUCGUGCUCUGUUGCUGUCGCAGAUCUAGAACGGUGGAUUUCACGUUCAGUUUCUUGGCGAGCGUUCAUGCCGCCGCCGUCGCCGCCGUCUCGGUUCGGGGGGUUUCCUGGUCUAAGUUUAAGUUUUUCAGAGUAUCAGCGAGUGAAAAGGUCGAACUAUUGCAUCGCUACGAACGAGAGGAAAAAGAAAAUGAAAGAGCAAAGCAAAAUAUUUUCAUAGGUCAGAUUUAUUUUGUAGGACUAAGAUAAUAAAUGUGUUUUGAACCCAGACGGACUGAACCAGGACUGAACCAGGACUGAACCAGGACUGAACCAGGACUGAACCAGGACUGGGUCUAAAACAGGACUAAACCAGGACUUAAACGGGACUCAACUGGAAUUGAACCAGGAAUGAACGAAGACUGAACUGGGGCUGAACCGGGUCUAGACCAGGACUGAAACAAGUCUAAAACAGGACUUAACCUGGUCUAAACUAGGUCUAAACCAGGACUAAAACAGGAUCAAAACUAGCUCUAAACCAGGUCUAAACCAGUACUAAACCAGGUCUAAAACCAGGUCUAAAACAGGACUAAAACCAGG